GGCGACAAAACUUUAUUCCUCAAUGUCACGAAGAAAAACAACACAAGAUUGACAGUUCUGUAAACCAAUUCCUUGCGGGAGAAUCUACCCAAUAAGGUCGAAGGAGGGAACGUACCAUCGACGGACAGGUGAAUUCAGCAAGUGGAUUUUUUUUUUUAGCGCGGACUGGACAGCUCGUGCCAUAUAUCCUCAACCCAUUGUUCUUUCAGGUGGUUAUCCCAGACUAUCAAAUCAAAUGGAUCCAAAGAAGCCCCCCAAGCUCAGUCUGAUGGGCCUGGUCGGGCUGGGACGCGGAGAAAGACUACAUCCUCAGGAGCUGCCUGUAGGACGCAGCAGAGGGCCGCCUCUCCCUACUGAAGAUUGUGGUGUGGGACGAGCCAGAGGUUUCCUCGCUUGUGGCGAUACCCCUCUGGGACGAGGAGUAACUCUACCCCUUACCGACGCUGUAGUUGGCCGAGGCAGGGGACUGCUCCAAUCGGCCGAACCGAAGGAUGACGUGCCUUCCUUUAGUCCAAGAUCAGCACUGGUCUCAAUGUUUAGAGGAAUGGGCAUUGAACCCUCAGUUACCUCAUGGGGAAGAGGAACAGCACCAAUGGGAAGAGGAGCAGCUGGAGAUUUGGGAGAUGUAAUCCAGCAGGGAGCGCCAGUACAGGGCAUCAGCCAACCUGGAGAGGCGAUGGGCAGAGGCAGCGGUUUCCGUGGCCGAGGUUUGUCCCCUCACACGAUGGCGGGGCUUGGAAGAGCAGCAAUGCCUCACCUCGGAGUAGGAAGAGGACACGCUCUUCCUCCGGGUCGGGUCGAGUCUGUUUCUCCAGCCUCUGAGCAACCAGCAGCCCAAAACACUCAGGCUUCCCUCACAGGAACCAAGCCCCCGUUUGCCACCACUCAAGAGGCUUCUCUUUCUGCUGUUGCACCAUCAAAGAUGGAGCUGAAAAUGGAGGACGUCUGUAAGCCGCUGAAUAAGAUGGGAACAAAAGGAGCUCCUAUAACUCUUGGCUCAAACCACAUCCCAAUUCGAUGUAAGAAUGAAGCGGUUUAUCAGUACCAUGUUACCUUUGUUCCAAAUGUUGAAUCAAUGGCGAUGCGUUUUGGAAUGAUGAAAGACCACCGCUCAGCCACAGGAGAAGUAGUAGCUUUUGAUGGCUCCAUACUCUUCCUGCCCGUUAAACUGAAUGAUUUGGUUGUUCUAAACAGUUUGAGGCGGACUGACAAUGAGAAAAUAGAAAUACAAAUCCAGAUGACGAAGAUUUUGCCCCCCAACUCGGAUCUAUGCAUCCCAUUCUACAAUGUGGUGCUCAGGAGGGUAAUGAAAAUCAUUGGCCUGAAGCUUGUUGGUCGAAACCACUAUGAUCCAGAAAGUGCAAUCGUUCUUGAAAAACAUCGGCUGCAAGUGUGGCCGGGUUACUCCACCUGUAUCAAGCGCACAGAUGGAGGCCUGUACCUAAACGUGGACGUGUCUCACAAAGUCCUGAGAAAUGACUCCGUGCUGAACGUCAUGAACACGCUGUACAGACAGACCAAAGAGAACUUCAGGGAUGAAUGCACCAAAGAGCUCAUUGGCAGCAUCGUCAUCACCCGCUACAACAACCGCACCUACCGCAUUGAUGCCAUUGAAUGGGACAAAUCCCCCAAAGACACCUUCACUUUGAUGGAUGGCACAAACACCACAUUUGUGGAAUACUACAGCAAGAACUAUGGGAUUACGAUCAAAGAGAUGGACCAACCUCUGCUCAUGCAUCGGCCGAAGGAGAGAUCCAAGCCAGGAGGGAAGCAAGUCAUUACUGGAGAGAUCCUUCUAGUACCAGAGCUUUCCUUUAUGACGGGAAUCCCAGAAAGAAUGAAGAAGGACUUCAAAUCGAUGACGGAUCUGACCAUACACAUCAAUGUCAGCGCUGAGCAGAACACCCACUCCAUAAAACAGCUGCUAAAGAACAUCAGCACCAAUCCUGAGAGCACAAAGGAGCUCAGCCGAUGGGGACUGGACAUUGACUCUGAACUCGUGACGAUUGCAGGUAGAACUCUUCCCCUUGAAACCAUCUGUCUGCAGUCUACAUCAUUCACCACUGCUGCUGAUGUUUCCUGGUCCAGAGAGGUCAUUAGGGAAGCUUCAAUCAGCUCUAUCCCAUUGAACAUUUGGGCCAUUUUCUACACUCGCCGCUGUGCGGAGCAGGCUGAAGAGCUGGUUUCCACCUUUAACAAGGUGGCCGGGCCUAUCGGUAUGCGUCUGGAGCGACCCAUUCGCGUCGAGCUAAGGGACAAUCGCACCGAGACGUACGUCAAGAGCAUCCACUCUCAGGUCAACAAUGAGCCCAAUAUGCAACUUGUAGUCUGCAUCAUGGAAGGCAACAGAGACGAUCUCUACAGUGCCAUCAAGAAGCUCUGCUGUGUCAAGAGCCCCAUCCCAUCCCAGGCCAUUAACGUCAGAACAAUUUCCAAGCAACAGAAGCUAAGGAGUGUCGCCCAAAAGGUGCUCCUGCAGAUAAACAGCAAGUUAGGAGGAGAACUUUGGACUGUCAAUGUCCCUCUGAAACACUUGAUGGUGGUGGGAGUUGAUGUCCAUCAUGACACCAGCAAAGCGCAUCAGUCAGUCAUGGGCUUUGUCGCAAGUGUCAACAGCUCGCUGACUCGCUGGUACUCGAGGGUAACUUUCCAGACACCAAAUGAGGAACUGAUCAAUGGCUUCAGAGUCUGUUUACUGGCUGCACUGCAGAAGUACCACGAGGUGAACCACAAUUUGCCAGAGAAGAUUGUUGUGUAUCGGGAUGGUGUGUCAGAUGGUCAGCUGAACAUGGUGGCGCAGUACGAGAUCCCACAGUUGAUCAAAUGCUUCAAGACUUUCCCCAGCUAUGAGCCCAAGCUGGUCUUCAUUGUGGUCCAAAAGCGCAUCAGCACCACACUCGUCUCCUGGACUCCAAACAGCGUUAGAACACCUCCACCCGGAACUGUUCUGGAUCACACGCUCACGCAGAAGGACUGGGUGGACUUCUUUCUCUUGGCACACACUAGUCGUCAGGGCUGUGGACUUCCAACGCACUACGUCACUCUCUACAACACGGCAAAUCUUUCACCUGACCAUUUGCAAAGGUUGACGUUUAAGAUGUGCCACUUGUACUGGAACUGGCCGGGCACCGUUCGUGUUCCAGCGCCGUGCAAGUACGCCCACAAACUGGCCUUCCUGUCUGGCCAGUACCUGCACUCCGAGCCGGCCAUUCAGCUGUCAGACAAGCUCUUUUUUCUUUGAAAAGGAGAAGCUGUUUUAGUAGUUUAAACUACUGAGAGUGAGACUUGACAAAGUUUUCUAUACUUUUCCUAGCCAAUGUUCUUAUUAGUAAUCAGUGUUUAGUUGAUGUGCAGACUCUUCGACUCAUUUGUUUUUACAAUUCUUUACUGAUUCGUACAUGUUUACAAGUUACAAUUCCCAGAAUGCAUAUUUACAGAGCUUUCACCUCAGCAUGUUCAAAAUACUAAAAUGUAGAAUGUAAUAAUAAAGCUCAAAUAACUGGGAAACGUUUUUCUACUUUCUACUACAAUCAUAAGCACUCCUCAGUGUCUCCACCUUUUGUUCCAAAGUUAAAUCUUUUUAAAUAUAUGUAUUUUGCAGGGGGAAAAAAUACUUGGUACCUUAAUUUCUGCUAUGACAUUAAAAGGAGCCCUUUAAAAUCUAAACCUGCUUUCUAUUAAGUUUGAUGUUUGUGUGAAUUAUAGUGGUUUCCUCUUGCA